AUGUUGUCUUCUCCGAGGCUGAAGCUGUUUCACACGCGGCCAUCACUCUCCAGACGCCGAUCGUCGGCUUUCAUCGUCUUCACCUCUCUUGCUAUCGGGGGCUCACUGGAUUCCUCUUCCGAUUGUCCACCAGCCGCCAUGGAUUCCGGUAAGUCUCUCGCUCGACGAACCUCUUCUUAUACUUUCGAAGAGUUACUUUUAGGUCCGAGUACGGUUAAAUUUAUACGGAACAGAUCCGCCAUGGAUUUCGGCUGUGCACACUACGCUCUUACUGAAGGAAGGAAAGGGGCGGACAGAACGAACGGGAUGAGAAAGAACAUGACUUGA